AUGGCUUUGCGUCAGUACCACUGUCUUGAAAAACGCCUAUCUAAAGACCCAGAGCUGGCACAGGUUCUCGAACAAAAAAUCACAGACUACAUAAACAAAGGAUACAUACGGAAGCUUUCCCAAAAGGAAAUUGAUCAGCACUCCGCCCGCACUUGGUAUCUGCCCAUAUUUGCGGUGACGAAUAUAAAUAAACCGGGAAAGGUAAGAUUGGUGUGGGAUGCGGCAGCUACCGCCUUCGGCAAGUCACUCAAUUCUGCUUUGCUCAAGGGUCCAGAUCAAACGUGCUCUCUAUUUGCAAUUUUGCUCAGAUUUAGAGAAGGACGCAUCGGACUAACCGGGGAUAUACGAGAGAUGUUCCACCAGGUGCUAAUCAGGGAAGCAGAUCAAACUAGCCAGCGAUUCUUCUGGAAAGAAAGUACAGGUGAGAUAGGGGUUUACGCUAUGCGGGUCAUGACCUUUGGUGCGUGCUGCUCCCCCAGUAGUGCGCAGUUCGUUAAAAACAUGAACGCAGAACGGUUCAGAGAACGAUCUCCGGCGGCAUAUGAAGCUAUAACGAAGUCCCAUUACGUCGACGACAUGUUGAUAAGCGUAGAUUCCGAAGAAGAAGCUAUUCAACUAGCAAAUGAAGUGAAAAACAUUAAUGCAGCAGGAGGAUUUGAGAUCAGAAAUUGGAUAAGCAAUUCUACCCUAGUUCUUGCAACACUCAACGAAUCAACCACUGAAGAGAAAUGCCUUGAUCUAGCAUCCGAAAUGUUAACUGAGAAAGUAUUGGGAAUGUGGUGGAACACAGCAUCCGACGUAUUCACGUACAAGAUGGCCGCUGGUUCAAAGGGCCUGAUUUCCUCUGGCAAGAGGAAAAUCUAUGGCCGCAACAAUUGUUCGACCGUGUUCAGACCGUCGUGUUCGACCGUCAACGAACUUCGUCCCUCGUUUGUAGCAGUGCAUCAAACGCUAGAACCAGUCAUCUGUGUUGAAAACUACUCCAGCUGGUGCAAACUAGUCAGAAUUGUCGCCUACGUCCAACGUUUCUUGAAAAAAUUCCAACUUAAGCACUUAACCAAGUCGCCAAUAAUAAAAGAAUGUUUGUCCAGUGAUGAGCUUCGCAUGGCAGAAAACUACCUAUUGAGUCAAGCUUAG